AUGCCACCGCAGGAUUUCGGCAUGGUUGAUUCUGUUCAUGACAACAUUGUGCUGAACAAGUGUAUCAAGGACAUCCUUGCACUAAUCAAACCAGUAGAGGAUGAUAGAAGCAAGCGGCUAUCCACAAUUCAGGAGCUGGAAAAUUGUAUCCAUUCUCUUGCAUCUCUGUCAGGUGCUGCUGUGAAACCUUUUGGAUCCUUUGUAUCAGAUCUUUACUCAAAAUCAGGCGACUUAGAUUUAUCAGUUCAGCUCUGGAAUGGUUCAAACCACCCUAUAAACAAGAGAAAGAAGCAGAAUACCUUGAGAGAAGUUAGGAAAGCUUUACUAAGUCGAGGUAGUCUUUGUUAUAUUGCUCUCAAGAUAGAUAAACAUGUGUUACUGGAUACAUGCAGUUCAUUCCACAUGCAAGAGUUCCAGUCCUUCAAUAUGUCGGCAACCGCUUUGGCAUCUCCUGUGAUAUAUGAAUUGACAACUUUGUUGACAUCCGAGCCACCAAUUCUACCACCUCUGAAUGAGAUUUAUGAAGGGAACAUUACAGAAGCGGCACUUUAUAAUGACCAACAUCUUGAUGAGUUUGCUCGUAUCAAUGCCUUUACGGAUAGUGUCAUAUCAACUUACUCAGGCCAGAUUGGGCGAAUCCAGGACGACCCAAGUUGGAUGACGAAAUCUUACCAUUUAUUUGUUGAAGAUCCAGUUGAGAGACCUGAUAAUGCUGCUAGAGCAGUUAGUAUGAAAGGCCUUGACCGCAUUGCUAGUGCAUUCAAUGAUGCUUGUCACAAGUUUAACUCCCUGGAACAUAUUGACCGGAAUGAAUUAUUGGCGCUGUUGUGUACCCCUGUUGUUGGCUUGAAACUUGGUGGGAAAGUCAUAGCAAACCCUUACCCAAAAACUCCACAAAGGAAUAAUCAGCAUACCAGAAAUGGAGGACGGGCUGGGCGUGAUCAAGGUCAAGCACCCAGAGAAUCAGAUCAGUCCAUAAAGACCCACUAG